CAGCUCUUCUGAGGCGGCCGUACAAUCCUCGGCAGUGUCCUGAGACUGUAUGGUCAUCUCAGCGGUCGCGCCCGCCUGGCUCCCGACUCUUGCAACUCCCGUUGUUCGAGCCACUUCUUUUUUUCUUUUUGGUAACCCAGAAAGUUACUCCUUUUCGAGGGAAAAAGGAACGUCGGUUCCCUUCUUGCUGCCCUCUUUUCGCGUUGACAGCCUCCUCCCACUCCUUCCCCGGACCCCGCCUCCGCGUGUAGGUUCCUCCCAGUCACCUUUCUCCACCCACCUCCCCCGCACCUAGCCAGCCGCCCGCGAACUUCCACCUGAGUGUCCGGGGCGCUCAGGACCUGAGAGCAUUUAGGAUCUUUAACCCCUGCCCUGGCCUCGGGGAGUGGGCCAAGGCCACAGAGAAGGCAGCGGCCGCAGCCCCCGCCGGCCUGGGAGCACAGGUGCUCGGCGUCUCAAAGGGCCACAGAGACAAUGACAGCGGACAAGGAGAAGAAAAGCCACUAUCUCCUGACUGUUAAGCAGUGGAAAGAGUAUUGGCCUAGGAGAGAUGAGUUCUAGCCCUAGCUCUGUCACUAAGGUCACUACCUGCAUUGCCCUAGGAGUAGCUCAGAGAGGAGGAAAGAAAAGUCCCGAGAUGCUGCAAGGUGCCGGCGGAGCAAGGAGACCGAGGUCUUCUAUGAGCUGGCCCAUGAGCUGCCCCUGCCUCACAGCAUCAGUUCCCACCUGGACAAGGCCUCCAUCAUGCGGCUGGCUAUCAGCUUCCUGAGAACACACAAGCUCCUGUCCUCAGUUUGCUCUGAAACUGAGUCUGAAGCUGAGCCUGACCAACAGAUGGACAACUUGUAUCUGAAAGCCUUGGAGGGUUUCAUUGCCGUGGUGACCCAGGACGGUGAUAUGAUCUUUCUGUCAGAAAACAUCAGCAAGUUCAUGGGACUCACACAGGUAGAAUUAACAGGGCACAGUAUCUUUGACUUCACUCAUCCCUGUGACCAUGAGGAGAUCCGUGAGAACCUGAGUCUCAAAAAUGGCUCUGGUUUUGGGAAGAAAAGCAAAGAUAUAUCCACAGAGCGGGACUUCUUCAUGAGGAUGAAGUGCACAGUCACCAACAGAGGCCGAACUGUUAACCUCAAGUCGGCCACCUGGAAGGUGUUGCACUGCACGGGCCAGGUGAAGGUCUACAGCAGCUGCCCCCCUCACAGUAGUGUCUGCAGUUACAAGGAGCCCCUGCUCUCCUGCCUCAUCAUCAUGUGUGAGCCCAUCCAGCACCCGUCCCACAUGGACAUCCCCCUGGACAGCAAGACCUUCCUGAGCCGCCACAGCAUGGACAUGAGGUUCACCUACUGUGACGACAGAAUAACAGAACUGGUUGGCUACCACCCGGAAGAGCUGCUUGGCCGCUCAGCCUAUGAGUUCUACCAUGCACUGGACUCAGAGAACAUGACCAAAAGUCAUCAGAACUUGUGCACCAAGGGCCAGGUGGUGAGCAGCCAGUACCGAAUGCUUGCCAAGCACGGGGGCUAUGUGUGGCUGGAGACCCAGGGGACGGUCAUCUACAACCCUCGCAACCUGCAGCCCCAGUGCAUCAUGUGUGUGAACUAUGUCCUGAGUGAGAUCGAGAAGAACGACGUGGUGUUCUCCAUGGACCAGACGGAAUCCCUGUUCAAGCCCCACCUGAAGGCCCUGAGCAGCGUCUUCGACAACAGAGGCAAGGCGGCGGCCCCUGAUCAGAGUGACUUCCUGUUCGCCAAGCUGAAGGAGGAGCCUGAGGAGCUGACGCAGCUGGCGCCCACCGCGGGAGACGCCAUCAUCGCCCUGGAUUUCGGGAGCCAGAACUUCGAGGAGUCCUCAGCCUUUGGCAAGGCCAUCCUGCCCCCAAGCCAGCCGUGGGCCAGAGAGUUGAGGAGCCACGGUGCUCAGAGUGAGGCCGGGAGCCUGCCUGCCUUCACCGUGCGCCAGGCCGCUGCCCCCGGGAGCAGCACCCCCAGUGCCACCAGCAACAGCAGCUGCUCCACGCCCAGCAGCCCUGAAGACUAUUACACAUCUCUGGAUGACAAUCUGAAGAUUGAAGUGAUUGAGAAGCUCUUUACAAUGGAUACGGAGGCCAAGGGCCAGUGCAGCACCCAGACGGAUUUCAAUGAGCUGGACUUGGAGACCCUGGCACCCUAUAUCCCCAUGGACGGUGAAGACUUCCAGCUCAGUCCCAUCUGCCCAGAGGAGAGCGUCUUGUCGGAGAACUCCCAGACCACCGCCCAGCACUGCUUCAGUGCCAUGACGAACAUCUUCCAGCCACUGGCCCCUGUGGCCUCUCACAGCCCCUUCCUCCUGGACAAGUAUCAGCAGGAGCUGCAGAGCAAGAAGACAGAGCCCGAGCACCGGCCCAUGUCCUCCAUCUUCUUUGAUGGCGGGAGCAAGGCCUCCCUGCCACAGUGCUGCAGCCAGGCCAGCACCCCUCUCUCCUCCAUGGGGGGCAGAUCCAACACACAGUGGCCCCCUGAUCCGCCAUUACAUUUCGGGCCCACCAAGUGGCCUGUUGGGGACCAGCACACUGAGUCCUUUGGGGCACCACCACUGGGGCCCCCUGUCACCUCACCCCGGCUCUCCAUGUUCAAGAAGAGGUCUGCAAAGGGCUUUGGGCCUCAGGGCCCAGACAUGAUGAGCCCAGCCAUGGUAGCGCUCUCCAAUAAGCUGAAGCUGAAGCGACAGCUGGAGUAUGAGGAGCAAGCCUUCCAGGACCUGAGUGGGGGAGAUCUACCAGGAAGCAACGCUUCGCAUUUGAUGUGGAAAAGAAUGAAGAGCCUCUGGGGCGGCGGAAACUGUCCUUUGCUUGCCAACAGGCCACUGAGUGCAAACGUCCCCAGUGAUGAGUUCGCCCAAAAUCCCAGGCGGGGCCUGUGCCAGCCCCUGAGAUACCUGCCGCCACAGCAGCCGCCAUCCGCCGUGAGCCCCCGGGAGAACCCCAAGAGUGGGCUGCCCCCACAGUGUUUCACGCCCCAGUACCAGGACUACAGCCUUGCUAACAAGGUGUCAGGCAUGGCAAGCCGGCUGCUUGGGCCCUCGUUUGAGCCCUACCUGCUGCCCGAACUGACCAGAUAUGACUGUGAGGUGAACGUUCCUGUACCAGGAAGCUCCACGCUCCUGCAAGGAGGGGACCUCCUCAGGGCCCUGGACCAGGCCACCUGAGCCAGGACCUUCCGCCGGGCAGGCCCCUGCCAACACCGCCCCACCAGCUUCACUCUCUACGUCUGUUUUUGCUACUAGGUAUUUCUAACACCACCAACACACUUUUUACAAGAUGUGCUUACCUGGCAAACCUGCCCAGGUUUCCAAGUAGUGGCCUUUUUCUGAAGACCCUCAGAUUACUAUAUUUUUUAAAUACACAGUUGUUUUACGUGCUAUGUUUUGCUGUGUCAGUGAAACUUUCCUUAAAUUUUGUAAGAUUUUUCUUUCCCCAGCUUCAAUUAUUUCUAAUUUAUACUCUCCAUAGGUGCUUCUCUCUCAGUCUGUCACACACACCAUCCACACUAAUAAGUUUGGUGUGUGUUUGUUCUAGAGGGAAAGCUUUGGCUUCAUUUAACUAAAAAGUUUUUGUUGUUGUUUUGCCAAAGAGAAACAAAGUAAUUUUGCUUUCCAAGCUUGGUUUGUGGCCUCUCCCUCUCAAAGCCCUUCUCCUUUCUUUUUAAAAACUAAUCACUAUACUGUAAAUUUCGAUCUUUUUUAAAGCUGACUCUUUGAUAUGACUUCUGGGGAAAAAAGAAAAAAGAAAUGUGAAGGGUGAACUCCAGUGGAUGUGGUUAUCUGUGAAAGUUGCACAAUGUGGCUUUUCCUAAACUGUUUGGUGUGUUCCCCCCACAGCCAGUGGAUUCUUUUUUAAUUAUUAUUAUUCAAAAACAAUUUUUUUAAAAAGAAAAUUUAUAUCUGGGUUAAGUCUUUAUCAUAUAUAUGGGUACUUUGUAAUAUCUAAAAACUAAGAAACGGAAAUGGAAUCCUGCUCACAAAAUCACUUUAAGAUUUUUCUAGCUGUUUUCUUUUUCCUGGUGUCACUGACACUGCAGAAUUGUACAGAACUCCCAUGGGCCUGUACUAACAGGUCUCUCUCUGUUGGCCUUUUGCUUCUGGGAUGUGCCUCAGGCAUGACAGCACCCGAGAAGUGGAAUCCCGAAGUGGGAGCAUUACGAGCAGUCUCCUCCUCAUGUUCUAUAUGUAUCAUGUUUGUAUGUAUGUAUGAUUACUGCUGCCCAGAGGGUCUGACGGUGCAUCUUGGGGUAAGGGAGGGGGGCGAAUCUAAGAGCAGGGAAGUGCUUUCAUUUUCAAGGUCUCGUUGCUGGCCCUUCCAGUGCACUGAGCUAUGUGGCUAAUGGUCUUUUACAUGGCACAUUUGAGUAUUUCCAGAGCUACCAUGAGAUGGUUUGGAUGGGAAUUCAUGAAGGAAACGGUAUAGUGAUCCAGUCCACGUCCUCCCAGCUUACCACCUGGGAGCACAUGAGCCGGAUGGAGAGGUGUGGAAAGGGGGCGGCUGGCCCUGGCCAGCCCCAUCGCCCACCCCCUCUGCAGCCUGCCAUCAGAUCGCCCUGCAAGGCCAGGGCGCCGCGCCCCUGGAGAGCAGCAGGCAGACCUCUGGGACAGCCCCUAGCCUCAGGCCCUCCCAGAGGUCUAUCUGUCACUUGAAGUGACUUGUACAGGUAGGAAGCACUGAAAAUAGUGUUCUCAGAGCACUUUGUAACUCACUGGGUAAGAGGGACAAUAUCUUUUUGUUUCUAAAUACCGGUCAAGGGUACAAUAAAGAAGGUUCUAGAAACAAAGCACAACAGGCCAAGAACUUGGUAAACCUGGAUGGACUUACUUAUUGCCAGAAACACAAUAAAAAUUCAAAUUUCAAAAGAAGUCUAGGUUAUAUGAGAAAAAUGACCUAGUCACUGCCCAAGUCACACCUUGGCACCACAGCUUUGCCCCACAUGUGGUGGCAGAACUGGAAGGGUUACUGACAUGUAAACGCUGGUGUUUGACUUCCUGUGUGUGUUGCCUCAUUGUUAAGGGCAUUUUACCCUUUCAGUUUUACUAAAAACUCUGAAAAAUAUUCCAAGCUUCAUAUUAACCUUACCUGUCAAUGUAAUGAUUUCAUGAACAUUAUUAUAUUGUCGAAUUCCUACUGACAUUAUUACUAUAUGGGAGCUUAACUUUAUAAGGAAAUGUAUCUUGACACUGAUAUCUUAUUAAAGUAUUCUGAUCCUA